AUGGACUUUAUUGAUGGCUGGUUCUCAGAACUGUCUCCUGAUGAACUCGCUAGUGAGAAUGGGAAGAACUUGGGACUGCGUGAUAAUCCUUGGCAUGGACAAAUGUUUUCGUUGAGAGUUAAGAAAGUGUUGUAUCAUGCUCGAAGUAAAUAUCAAGACGUUUUGGUUUUUGAAAGCAGUACAUAUGGCAAAGUAUUAGCUCUUGAUGGUAUAAUUCAGUGCUCAGAACGCGAUGAAUUUGCUUAUCAAGAAAUGCUUGCUCAUUUGGUGCUUGUUGUUGGUGGUGGUGAUGGUGCUAUUUUGAGAGAAGUACUAAAACAUAGUACUGUCGAGUCAGUGACUCUAUGUGAAAUUGAUGAAAUGGUGGUAGAUGUUUCCAAAAAACAUCUUCCACAAAUGUCUGUAGCAUUUGGCGAUCCAAAGUGUAAUGUUAUUUAUUGCAAUGGUGCUGAAUAUAUAAAAAAACACAAAGAUGAAUUUGAUGUUAUCAUAACUGAUUCAUCUGAUCCAAUUGGUCCAGCGAAAGAACUCUUCGGUAAAAAUUACUACAUGUUGAUGAAGGAAGCUUUAAAAGAAGAUGGAGUAUUUUCUUCUCAAGGUAAAUGUAUGCAGUCAAUCAUCUUUUCAUCUAUUAAUGAUUUUUUUAAUAAUCUGAACAAUAUUUCUUGUCCGUGGCUAGAUUUACAGCUGAUCAGAGGUCUUUUCAAACUCGCCAAAAAUUUAUUUCCUCAUGUUGCUUAUGCUAUCGGAUCUGUCCCCACUUACCCUUGUGGACAAAUUGGAUAUCUUAUUGGGAGCAAAAAUGGAAACCAUGAUGUCACUGUACCACUGAGAGUGCUAUCGGAUUCUGAUGUCAGAAGCAUGAAUCUCAAGUAUUAUAAUUCAGACGUACAUCGAGCUGCUUUUGUUCUGCCUCAGUUUAUCAAAGAGGUUGUUCUCAGUUUUGUUCUUUACAUUCAUGUUAAUUAA